AUGUCAAAUGACCCUUUCCGAAAAACCUGCCUCGUCUCAUACCCAGACCCUGCUGACCUCCCUCCCUCCCUCCGCGAGAAACUCAACAUCCUCCCCUUCCGCCGUAACAUCAUCCACACGAUAACUCAAUCCCGCGGCCUUGCUCCCCACCUCAUCAGCCUCGUCGGCGCUUGCUUCGACGGAAAACAACGCAGCCUGCCGGUACUAGACUGGCAACUGAUUGUUCUGCGGGUCGCGACGGUCCUCGACUGCAAGUAUGAGUGGGACGUGAACCUCCCCGUCUCGGAGGCCCACGGGAUGCCGCAGGAUAAGAUACAGAGGAUUGGAUGUCCUGCCUCGAGUGUAGUCAGUGGCAAGGGGCCUUGGACGGAUCGCGAGAGAGUACUGUUACGGUUGGUAGACGAGCAGUUGGCAAAGUAUACGAAUGCGGAGGAGACGAUUCGGGAGGCAUUGGGGUGUUUGAGCGAGGGGGCGCUGGUGGAGGUGUUGAUUGUUAUCGGGCUAUAUGCGACGUUGGCGCGGUUGAUAAAGGGGCUGAGGAUUGAUGAUGAUCCUGAGGUUCCAGGACUGAAGGAGUUGAUUGGGGGUGCUAUUACGGCUACGGAGUGA